CCCUCACCCACAGGCGCAUAUAAACCCCAGGUAGCCAAGGUCUAAGAGCAUGAACCUCAGAAGCCGGGUGGACACCACUGUCUACCUGUACCCUCAUCCUGGUCACCACUGCUGCUAUAAGAGCCCCAGGCCAAGAACAUGGACACGCUGCUGCUUUGGGUCUCUGUCCUUGCCAGUCUCCCGGAAGCCUUUGCUCAGACAGACCUCACUGGGAAGGUGUUUGUGUUCCCUAGAGAAUCUUCUACUGACCACGUAACCUUGACCACGCAUCUGGAGAAACCUCUGCAGAACUUUACUUUGUGUUUUCAAGCCUAUAGUGACCUUUCCCGUUCCUACAGCCUCUUCUCCUACAAUGGCCAGGGCAAGGAUAAUGAGCUACUAAUUUUUAAAGAAAAUGUAGGAGUAUAUACUCUAUACAUCGGAAGAACAAAAGUCACUGCCAAAGCUGCAGAGGAUUUCCCCUCCCCGGGGCACAUCUGUAUCAGCUGGGAGUCUUCCUCAGGCAUUGCUGAAUUUUGGGUCAAUGGGAAGCCAUUGGUGAGAAAAGGCCUGAGGCAGGGUUAUUCUGUGGAAGCGCACCCCAAGAUUGUCCUGGGGCAGGAGCAGGACUCCUACGGAGGAGGGUUUGACAGGAAGCAGUCCUUUGUGGGAGAGAUUGGGGAGUUGUACAUGUGGGACUCUGUGCUGUCUCGAAAAGAAAUCCUGGACGUGUUUCAUGGUUCCACUGUCCCCAAGCCCAAUAUCCUGGACUGGCGGGCUCUGCACUAUGAGAUAAAAGGAUAUGUCAUCAUCAAGCCUCUGGUGUGGGACUGAGGUCCUGAUCAACACACGCACUUGAAAAUGAAAUGACCCACAUCUGAGAGAUGUGCUCAGGGCAACUGGAUACUAGAACCUGCAUGUGCAGCUCUUCCUUCUUUGAAUUUUCUGCCUACAUGUGUGCCUAAUUAAAAAA